AUGGAAAUUUUUGAAUCGGGAUAUUUUAAUAUAAACAAAAAGACCCUAUCGUUUUUGGGUCUUUGGGUUCGUCAAAAAUUUUGGCAAAAAGUUUUAAUGCAAUCUGUAACUUUUCUAGUUGUUAUUUCCACUAUCUAUGUUCAGACUGCAUUUGUAAUACAUAUUGAUUGGAGGAACAAUUUGGAUGAUGUACUUAAUUGUUGCGGUACAAUAAUAAUAUAUGUAAUGGCUCUUAGUAUGCUUUCUGUUUAUUUCUUCAAACAAAAAAAAUUAAUGUUUUUUGUCGAUUGCAUCGAAAAUGAUUGGAAAUUGUGGACAUCUAAACAAACUGAAUUAAGCAUACUCGAUAAAUAUGCAAAAAUUGGAAGACGUUAUUGUUUUAUAUUGUUUCAAUACAAUUUCAGUGGACUUUCAGCAUAUUUAUUAAUGAACCUUUCGCCAUUAUUGCUUGACGUUAUUGUUCCUUUAAAUGAAUCUCGAGCAAUUGAACCAAUUUAUCCAGCAAAAUUUUUCUUCGAUGAGGACAAAUAUUAUAAAUAUGUUUUGCUUCAUGGUGCUUUGACAUGUGCUUGGGGAUUGGCAAUUUUUUGCACAAUGGACAGUAUGUUUGUUACGACAAUUCAACAUGCCUGUGGAUUAUUUGCAAUUAUCAGGUAUGUCAAGGAACUGGAAGAUUUUUACUCAACUUUCUUACUUAUUUCGAAUGGAAGUAAUAUUUUGACGAUAAGUUUUCCUUUACUUCAGACGUCACUUUCAGUGGGAAAUACGGUGUCUGUGGUUAAACAGUCAAUUCUUUCGAUUGCGACAAUGGCUCAUGCGUAUUUUCUUGGCAUACCUGCACAAAAUUUAAUAAAUGAAAGCGCUGCCGUUGCAUUUGAUAUAUAUGACAGUGAAUGGUACGAAUUACCGAUUAAAAUUCAAAAAUUGGUACUUUUUAUUAUUAUGCAUGGACACAUUCCAUGUCAGUUAACUGCUGGUAAAAUUGCAGUCAUGAAUAUGGAGACAGUAGCACAAAUUCUCAAAUUGGCAUUCUCCUAUUUUACAAUGCUAUCAGCAGUCAGUCAAUCAACGAGAAUGUGAAAUAAAAUUAAAUAUUUCAGGAAUAAAAAAGAAGUGGAC